GCAAAAUCAUGUCGUCUGCUGUUAUUGCGUUUUGGGGUUGAAUGUCAAGUGUGAAAUUCCAAAAAGGGGGGGCGUACACAUAACUAGUGAUCGUUGGAGAAGGGUCACGGCAACUUUUUAAGAAUUGAUUCAACAUGACUGCAGCACAAUCUCGUAAAAGUGGACAACAAUGGUGCGCCGCCAUCUGUCUUCUUUUACCUCUAGUCCUGACUGGUUGCGGCGGAAGUGAAUUGACUUGCAUUCCUCACGAUGUUCUAGUCCAUAUCGGUGGUGAAACAGAUGUAGUGUUAUCACUCAGUGGUUUCAAUCAUUCAGUUGAGAUCUACCCUCUUUAUGAGCCUGGCAGUGCAGCAGAGAAGAUUACCAAUCUGGGGAAUGUGACUUUAUAUGGGAAUCCUGAAGGACUAAAUGUUAGUUUGACAAUUCAUGCUGUUCGUGGUGGUCAUGUAACAGUCUACUUUAAUGCCACUACCCCAGCCAUAAAUGACGAUGAGGCAUAUGUCAGAGUGACCAUCAUUCAUUCUGAUGAAGUUUUCUUUGUGUGUAUUGUUGUUGGAUGGGUGUAUUUUGUUGCCUGGUCUGUUUCCUUCUAUCCUCAAGUAUAUGAAAACUUCAAGCGUAAAUGUGUUGUUGGUUUAAACUUGGACUAUGUUGUUUUGAACGUCCUUGGGCAUUCUGUCUAUGGCCUUUUUAAUAUGGGUCUCUACUGGAUACCAAGUGUUCAGCUCCAGUAUUAUGAAAUCCAUCCAAUGGGCGUUAUUCCAGUCCAGACGAACGAUGUUGUUUUUUCGGUGCACGCAACCGUUUUCUCCAUUGUUACUGCCGUACAGUGCAUCAUAUACGAGAGAGGUGAUCAAAAAGUGUCCCCCUACACAUGGGCGUUCAUCGGUGUUUCUUCUACAUUUAUUUGCAUCAGCACUAUAGCAGCAAUUACCUAUAGUAUUACCUAUCUUUCUCUUCUCUACUAUUGCUCCUACGUCAAGUUAAUAGUAACCCUGAUCAAGUACAUUCCACAGGCACACCUGAACUACAAACGACAAAGCACUAUAGGAUAUUCGAUCGGUGGAGUGCUCCUUGAUAUUACUGGAGGAUUGUUGAGUGUUCUUCAGAUGUUCUUAUUGGCUUAUAACAAUGAUGACUGGGAUUCCUUGUUUGGCGAUCCCACCAAAUUUGGACUCGGCCUUUUCUCCGUUAUGUUUGAUUUGCUCUUCAUCGUUCAGCAUUAUGUGCUCUAUAGGAACAACAACCCGCCUGCUGUUUAUCUUCCCAUUAAUCGUGACGAUUAUCUACCGAUCGACGAUGAUCGAAGUACUCCAUCGAUAAUGGCUUAAUGGGUAUCCUUUUUUGAAUUCUUAGAUAUUGUCACGCGAUUUCUCUAUUCAAAUCUCUAUAUAAGAUCUCGGUGUCUCACUCAUUAACACCGUAAAAAUAAUAGCACGUCAUAACUUGGAAAUAUAACUCCUAUCGAGUC